UCUAUGGCAGCCAAGCUGAUGGAUAGCGAAUUUUAUUCCAAAGUUUUAUGCAUUUUGUUAUAGCGUCAUAAAGAUUUGGAUAUAAAUAUUUUCAGCGUGUUCCUAACAUUUAUUUGAGUUGUUAUCUAUGUGAAUACCAAAGCGGUUUAUGUAUUUCUAUUAAUCGGCGUCGAACUUGUAAUCCUCAGAAUGGCCGAAUAUUUAGCGGCUAUAUUUGGGACUGAAAAAGAUAAAGUUAAUUGUUCGUUUUAUUUUAAAAUUGGAGCAUGUAGACAUGGAGAUAGAUGCUCAAGAAUCCACAAUAAACCAACAUUCUCUCAAACAGUACUUCUACAAAACUUAUAUGUAAAUCCACAAAAUUCUGCUAAAUCUGCUGAUGGCAGUCACUUGGUUGUAGCCAAUGUGUCAGACGAAGAGAUGCAGGAGCAUUAUGACAAUUUCUUUGAAGAUGUAUUUGUUGAGUGUGAGGAUAAAUAUGGUGAAAUUGAAGAAAUGAAUGUUUGUGACAACCUCGGGGAUCAUUUAGUAGGCAAUGUUUAUAUUAAGUUCCGUCGUGAAGAAGAUGCGGAGAAAGCGGUGAACGAUCUCAACAACCGUUGGUUUGGUGGUCGGCCAGUGUACGCGGAACUUUCGCCGGUGACAGACUUCCGUGAAGCGUGCUGCCGCCAGUACGAGAUGGGAGAGUGCACUCGCAGUGGUUUCUGUAACUUCAUGCAUUUGAAACCUAUUUCGAGGGAACUUAGGAGAUACCUAUACGCGCGUCGCAAGAGCGGUCGCCGCUCGCGGUCCCGCUCGCGCGAGCGCCGCCGCCGCUCCCGCUCCCGCGAGCGACGCCGCGAACCGCCGCGCAACUCGCGCGCCGGACGAUACUAGCAACUGUAGCUCUAUUGUCUAUGCGAUUCAACUGACAAUAGGAUCGAUGCUGCGCCAUUUUGUGACGUCAUAAUAAAUAAAAAAAAUAAAUUGCUUUCGAUAAUAUAUAUUUUAAAUUACAGUUUCAUAUGUUUUUGUUUUAAAUUAUUAUAUAUUAAAGUAGCUCUCCGCCCGCGGCAUCGCCCACUUUGACUAAACCUUCCUCUUGAAUCACUCUAUCUAUUAAAAAACCGCAUCAAAAUCCGUUGCGUAGUUUUAGGGAUAUACAGAGAAAGCGACUUUGUUUUAUACUAUGCAGUGAUUACGCCACUUCCCAUACUAAAUUGGGCUUUGUUCUAUGUAUGAAUUAAGCAAAUAAAAUAAAUCAUUAUGUAUUGAAAUGCGAAU